GUGAAACGAGUAGCGAUCAGCAGGAGAAGAGGAUGUGGGAACAAAGAUCGGCACCUGAGCGAAAACAAACGCCGCUCGGAGACGGGUGUCUAUCUCCUAACAUAAACGUUUACAUUCUCCUGAAACUGUAAAACCCCCAUAAAACUGUUAAACUUGAAGAAUCUCGGCUUCUCCCUCCUGGCUAUGUCCAACAGACACCAUGACGGAUCCAGCGGUGGCUGCCUCAUAGGAGCGACAAUGCUCGGGCCUGUCACAACCGGCUUUUCCACAGUGUUUCCGUCACAUCAGUGACCAUGGACGUCAGAGCAGUGCUGGAGUUUGCCACGGUCACCAGGGGCAUCUCGCUGUUUUUGCAAGCGGUCUUGAACGCCGCCAUCCCCGACCAUGAAGCUGAUGCGUUCACGCCACCGCGGACAGAGGAGCCUCUGUACCUGGACCCAGCGGUCGAGUGGUUACUGGGCGGCCUCUCUCACUGGGACGCCGAGCACUUCCUCUUCAUCGCCGAGAGGGGAUACCUCUACGAACACAACUUCGCUUUCUUCCCCCUCUUCCCCGUGGUGCUCCGCGGCCUGGCGGAGACGCUGCUGUGGCCCCUGAGCGGCUGGCUGAGCGUGCGGGGGCGCCUGCUGUUGGCCGUGGCUCUGGGGAACAGCGCCCUCUUCCUGCUGAGCGUGGUAGCCCUGUACGCGCUCAGUAAGAUCGUCCUGCAGGACCGACGCCUCGCCCUGCUCUCCAGCCUCCUCUACUGCAUCACACCUGCCAACGUGUUCAUGACCGCCGGGUACUCGGAGAGCCUGUUUGCCGCCCUCACGUUCGGUGGCCUGUUCCUCCUGGAGAAGGGCUUCACCCUGCGAGCCUGCUUGGCCCUCAGCAUAGCCACUGCGGCGCGAUCCAAUGGACUCGUCAACAUAGGGUUUCUACUGUAUCUGCCGUCACGGCACGCCAUCUCUCAGAUCCGCGUGUAUCGCACGACAACAAAAGGCCACAUUAAAGUCUUCCACUACGCUUGGGUCGUCGUACGUCUCCUGCUCACCUCCCUCCUGGGAACUGCGAUCAUCGCCCUUCCCUUCUGUGCUUUCCAGUACUAUGGGUAUAGGACGUUUUGCACACCGUCCGUCUCCCUGGAGCGGAUCCCUCCAGCUCUUCUUUCACUGGCUGAACGGAAGGGCUAUCGGGUUCCAGAUGAAAAUGGUCCACCACCCCUCUGGUGCAUGAGACCCCUCCCGCUACUUUACUCUCACAUCCAGGAUGUGUACUGGGACCUGGGCUUCCUCCGUUACUUUGAGCUGAAGCAGAUACCAAACUUUAUCUUGGCACUACCUAUGGCUACCCUCGGCAUCAUGGCAGCGUAUGCUUAUUUUCUAGCUAAUCCAGAACUGUGUGUGAGACUUGGACUGUGGGAGACGGGUGCAGCUAAAUGGCUCGACAAAGCCACACCGGGAAUGUUCAACCCCAGAGUGUUUGUGUAUAUUGUGCAUUCUACAGCACUCCUUGUGUUUGGAACUUUGUGCAUGCAUGUGCAGGUUCUAACCAGAUUCUUGGCCUCCUCGUCUCCUGUGCCGUUCUGGAUCAGUGCUCAUCUUCUCCUCCUCAACGAGCCACUUCUUCACCGGAGGAAAACGUCGAACCCCAACGUGCAGCUACAGACAUAUUUUGGAAAUGGAUGCAAACACACACUUCAGAACCCCAUCAUUGCACUGCUGCCACAUUUUAAAACCUGUUCGACCACAACACAGAGCAUCCUGGGAUACUUCCUCUCCUACUGGGUGCUGGGGCUCGCUCUGCAUUGUAACUUCUUGCCAUGGACUUGACUUCUGACACUACUCUGAGCUUUAAAUGCAAUAUUUCUGUGUAUGACUGGGUUAUUUACCAUAUUUUAAAUUACACAAAUCCACACACGGGUGUUUUUAAAAAAAAAAAGGAUCAUCAGGAAUUGUCCAAUUGUUCUCUGCAAUAUUGCAUUACAAAUAGAUUAUGAUGAAAAUAAAAGAAUACCUGGUGGCAAAAUUCGGUGAAUGUCAUUUAUUUAAAAAAAUUCAUGUAUGCACAUCCAAAGUACAAAAACCAAACGCUUUACCUCAUGUUUAGGUUAUGUUGCCUAGUCCUACAUAGAACUUCCUGACAUGAUUACAUUUCCAAUGCUUAUUUAUUCAUGCAGUAGUCAAAGAAUUCAAUUUCUACAUCUUGGUCAAAUGUGUGUGUGUGUGUAUAGUCGCUUUGUUCUUUUGUUGUAAAUCCUGGGAAAACAAUGGUGGGUUUUUUUUUUAAUUAUUAUGUUCUUGCAGAAGCAUUCAGAUUUUAUGCACUUUGUUUAAUUUUGCAAUGCAUGUUUGGAAUAAUUAUUCCAAGUUAUAGUCUUGGACUUUUGGAUGUGAAUGGAAAAAAUAAAAAUAAAUAAAAUGGUUGGUGUAAAAAG